AGAUCGUGCUGGUGCAUGGUGUUGUAAAUGGAAUGGGUCAUGUCAUGUGACUGGAAGGAAAGGUUCUGUAGUAACAGUUUGGUUUGACAGCAAGAAAGUUUUAAAAUGGAUUGAGUGUCACGUGAAUUUCGUUCAGACUACACAGAAGAAAAAAAUCAAAAGCAUGGCCAUCAAAUGGAAAACGGCGUUAUCAGCCGUCGCCGUCUUUUCCCUCUGCUUCCUCGGCAUCCCCAUCCGAGUAGACCCUCCGGACAAAAACAUGCAGUCGUACUUGAAGUUCCUUGCCGCUCGCAAUCGCUCUUAUGUCCAGGAUUCAGAUGAAUUUGAGAAGAAAUUCAUACACUUUCGUAACUCCAUGAGUAGGUCUGCAGAUUUAAACUCCAGCGGUGAGCAUCCCUUGUCAGCUGUUUACGGGCCAACCAAAUUUUCUGAUCUCUCUCAGGAAGAAUUCACACUGAAGUACUUGAACCCUGAUCUUCCCGUCAAGUUUAUGAAAGAGGAAAUUAGGUCUCUCUCCUUAAGAAAACACCACAAACAUCAAACCAGCAAGCAGAGGAUCAAACGAGCAGUAGCAGUACCGAUCAUUGACACAACACUACCAAAAGCAGUUGAUUGGAGGAUAAAAGGCAUUAUUACUCCAAUAAAAAACCAGAAAACCUGCGGAGCCUGUUGGGCCUUCAGCACAAUCGAAACGAUCGAGUCAAUGCUUGCCCUAGAAAGAGGGAGCUCAGUAGUAUUAAGCGUCCAGCAGGGUGUUGAUUGCGCAACAAACGGGAAUAUUGGCUGUGCUGGUGGAGACACUUGCCGCUUUUUGGAAUGGAUGAAUUUAUCCAAAGUCUCCCUAUUGCCAGAGAGCCAGUAUCCAUUCACAGGGACGACAGGGUCAUGCAAAAUGAAACUUAAUGCUCCAGCGUUUGGAACUAGGAUUACUUCAAAUUUCACUUGCAAUAAUUAUGCUGGAGAAGAAGGAGAGCUGUUGAAGCUGGUGGCCAACCACGGGCCAGUGGCUGUGGCUGUGAAUGCCCUCAACUGGCAAAAUUAUCUUGGUGGCGUUAUUCAAUUCAACUGUGAUGGCAGCCCUCUAAGUCUUAAUCAUGCUGUCCAAAUUGUCGGAUACAACCUCACCGCAGCUAUUCCUUACUAUAUCGUCCGCAACUCCUGGGGACCUGACUUCGGAGACAAAGGAUACCUCUACAUUGCAAUUGGAGACAAUGUUUGUGGUAUUGCAAAUGAAGUUUCUGCUGUUGACGUCAUAUGAAGGAGGGGUUAAUGUAAGUGCCAAACUGAAGUUUAUUUUUGAACUCGUGAUUCUCUACAUUCCACCUACUUAAUUCGCUAAUAAGUAGGCGCUGAAAAUGGCGCACUACCUUAAGGCCGUCCCGUUGACCAUGCUUACCAAUACAAUUUGUACAACAAUUUCACUUAAAUCAAAUGAUGACUGGAAUUUUUUAAUCCAUGUGUUCCAAACAACAUCACUUGGAGUUUAAUAAGGUGUAUUGAAAAUGCAGGGUAACUCUAAAAUUAACUACUGCCGUUAUAGAAUCUUGUUACUGCUUUUUAUCAUUACAUAUUAUGAUUUUUAUACAAUGAAACAAUAAAUGUUAAACUGAUAAUGAGUUUAUUGCUAUGAACUGGUAAAAUAA